AUGCCGCAUCUUUCCGACCACACUCAGGAAAGGAGCAAUGAUUUGGUACAGGAACCUUCGCCCCAACUCCAUCCACUCCUGGACCGAGCUCAAGGAACUCUUUUUGGCCAUUUCACAGCCUCCCGUCGGCAACCAAAUUCGGAAGCGAACCUUGAGGCUGUGAUCCAAGGAGCCGACGAGCCCCUCCGAGAUUACCUCGACAGGUUCAACAAAGAGGUCGUCCAAGUGCAGAUGGCCGAUUACAUGAAAAGAUACCUCCUAGAACGAGGACUUCUCCCCAGAAGCGACUUCAAGAAGGCUAUAAAUAUCGAGAAGGUUCCUACUAUGAACUCCCUCCUCCGCAAGGCCCAAGCCUUCAUCGCUUUCGAAGAAGGCGAAGCAGCUGCGAUCAAAGCUUCGAGGGGAAAUGACGUUGCCCGCAGCUCGAACCUCGACAAUUCGGGCUCGCGUCGAGGACAUGAGAAAAGAAGAGACGAAAGGUCCCACGACGCUAAAGAACGCCGAGGACCAGCUGGUCGAUUCAGCGACUAUACCCCCCUGAACGCUUCACGCGAGAAAAUCCUGGCCGAGUGCAAAAGCACCGAAUUCAAGAACUCUAGCAUCCGGCCCCCGAAGUCGAACCCCACCAGACCGGGGACCGACAAAUCUAAAUACUGCAAAUACCACAAGAGUCAUGGGCAUCUAACUGACGAAUGCAUACAUCUCAAAGACGCCAUCGAGACUCUGAUUAAAGAGGGUCUCCUAUCAAAAUACACGAAGAAGGGAGAACCUCCCCGAAGAGAAGCCCCUCGGAACUCUUACGAGGGCAACUCACCAGAUAGUAGACCACUACAAGUAGCGCUGUCUGUCACCCGACCAUAA